CUACGCACGCUACAACUAGCGCAGCUGUGCGUUGGUUGCGUGCGCCUUGUCCGAAGUCUAUGUAACCUUGGCAAGGACCUGUUUGCUCGCAGUAUUCUCCGUUUGCGACAGCAACACCGGCAUGUGCAUGUAUCUCGACUCGUGAUAAGACGAGAACAAUUCGCAGCGACAAAAUUGCGGGACACUUUCGGAGAGACGGCAAACUUGGCAUGGCACUUGUGGGAGGAUCCCAUCAUGGGCCCGAAGCCCGGACUUCAACUUCGUUGCGGGUUGGCGUCGUCCAGCCCUUGCUCACAGACCUGUACCAGAUCACGAUGGCCUACGCUUACUGGAAAAGCGGCAAGCACGACGACGGCGCCGUGUUCGACCUUUUUUUCAGGAAGAAUCCGUUUCAAGGAGAGUUCACCGUGUUCGCUGGUUUGGAGGAUUGCAUUCGCUUUCUGCAAGCUUUCCGUUACUCCAAAAGCGAUAUUGAAUACUUGAAGACUAUUCUCCCAGCCAGUGUUGAUCCUGCUUACUACGACUACCUCUCGUCUUUAACUGCUGAAAAAGUGAAGCUUUAUGCAGUACCAGAAGGAACUGUUGUGUUCCCAAGGGUGCCACUAAUACGAGUGGAAGGGCCACUCGCUGUGUUGCAGCUCCUCGAAACCACACUGUUAAACCUCGUAAAUUACGCCAGUUUAGUGACCACAAAUGCUGCAAGGUUCCGGUUAGCGGCUGGGUCAAGCAUAAGCCUUCUUGAGUUUGGUCUGAGGCGAGCUCAAGGUCCUGAUGGAGGCCUCUCAGCAUCCAAGUACACCUACCUUGGUGGGUUUGAUGGGACAAGCAACGUGCUAGCAGGGAAGCUGUUCAAUAUUCCGUUGAAAGGAACCCAUGCCCAUGCUUUUAUCAUGAGUUUUUCUUGCUUGGAAGAUUGCAAACUCCGAACACUGAAGGCAGCUGGAGGGGAUGAAGUAGACUUCAUGGUGUUGUGUUGCAAAUGGCGAAAAGAACUGACUGGCCUGUUCAAGACCAUAGAAGAUGAGGCAAGCAGUGGGGAAUUUGCUGCGUUCAUCUCAUAUGCAGUUUCCUUUCCCCAAAAUUUCCUUGCACUGGUUGACACCUAUGAUGUCCUUCGGAGUGGACUGCUGAAUUUCUCUGCUGUAGCCAUGGCACUGAAUGACCUUGGCUACCGUGCAGUGGGCAUUCGCAUAGACAGCGGUGACCUGGCCUAUCUCUCCUCGUGCGCUUACAACUUCUUUAGUGAGCUCGCCGACAAGUACAGCCAGGAGUGGUUCAGGAGCCUCACCAUUGUGGCCAGCAAUGACAUCAAUGAGGAGACCAUCAUCUCACUCAAUGAGCAGGCAUGGAAGAGUAUAAAACAUGGCUUGACAUGUGGGCACAAGAUAAAUAGUUUUGGCAUUGGAACUCACUUAGUAACGUGCCAAAAGCAACCUGCCCUUGGCUGUGUCUACAAGCUAGUGGAGGUGAAGGAUCUCUCUUGCAUCAAGCUCAGCCUCGACAUCCAGAAGGUGACAAUACCUGGGAAGAAGGCCUGCUACCGCUUGUAUGGACAGCAAGGCUAUGCACUGCUGGAUCUAAUGCAGAAAAUGGACGAGCCACCGCCCGAGAAAGGAAAGAGGGUUCUCUGUCGGCAUCCUUUCCAGGACAAAACGGGGGACAGGACAGCGGCAAAGAUGGACACUUACCUGAAUUCAUGGGAGUCGAAGCGUGCGUAUGUGAUUCCUGACUAUGUUGAAGACCUGUGCCUACUUUGGUGGGACCAUGGCAAGAUUGCCAGAGAUCUGCCACCACUCGAUGCCAUACGAAAUCGAGUCAAGGAGUCGCUGAAAACGCUUCGGCCAGACAUCAAGCGAACCUUGAACCCAACACCAUACAAGGUUUCUGUCUCGGACAACCUCUACAUGUUCAUGCACGAACUGUGGCUGCAAAAUGCUCCCAUCGGAGAGCUUUCCUAGCACGUCGAAAACGGUGCAUUGUUUGGAGCAUCUCAAGACAUCUAGCUGCGCCCAACGACAAACGAAGAGUCGUCGUGCUGCUAAUGUCAUGGGCUGUGUUUACGCUUGUUGAUUAACGAAUUGUUAAAACGAUCGCAAAUCUAUGCCACUUUGAUGUUUGUUACCAGCUGCCCAGACGUGAUAACUGACGAAUCAAAAUAAUCCAGCCGUGAAUUUGGUUUUGCACAGUUGCUGAGGCCGUUAAGUCGGUACAUGAACACCCUUUCUUUUUUUUUGUGGCAAUUUUCAAAAUUUUUUAUUUCAUGUGGAAUCGAAACUCAUAUUGCACUUACUACAGUUUCUAUACAGAAAUAUUUUAUCGUAAAACUCCUUUAUUUACGCUUUCACUUCGGAUGAUUAAUGUGGUGGAAUGCAGAUGUAAUGUGAAUUCCACUACACAUUGCCUAUGUUGUAGUUUAUAUAUAGUAGUAUUUUUAUCUUUACGCAUGUAGCUGGUUUUAUGUUUCAGUGAGCUAUAUUUACAUACUGUGGCGUUUAAUUUUCUAUCUAUGCGAGAUGCUUUAACGGACUUUUAUUUGGUGCUAAUGCACAUUGUUUUGUCAGAUGCAGAAAGUCGGAUGUCUUUCUGCAAGGACUUUUGGUGCACUGCCAUUUUGGACACUACAGACAUUUUUGUUUUUGAAGAGGCUGCCCUGAUAAUAGUUUAUUGCAUUUUCCCCGACAUUUACAGAAAGGGAAAAAAAGCUGCAUAAUUGUGGUUGUUCUUCAAAAUAGGCAGACCAUUAUUUCCUUCUUGAGGAAUAGCUUGCCUGCCAUGGUGGCUUGUAUGAUUAAAGGAAGUAGCUACAAAGCAGCAUUUUUUUUAUUGUGGGUGUAUCAGAAGCUUUUUAUCAAGUGUUGUUCAACAAAUGAAGAGAACUGAAACUUAAGGUGCUAGCAUAUGACUCGAUGGGUUGCUGCAGGGUCUUUGUUUUGUUUUUCCAUUCCUUUUCAGAACAGUGUGCAUUGCUAUCAUGACCAAAUUGUUGUUUUCAACAUGCUUUAAGAUAUAGAGAAAUGAUUAGCAGACAGUGGCAUUCUCUGGGCUUGCGAUACCAAGCAUCAAAAGCACUAUGUUGGCACCUCAAGUUAAUGUUUUUUUAUAGUUUGUGUUGCUAGACAAGCUUUGUUAGUACACCUGUCCCAAGUGGUGUAAUGACCUACGUCUAGAACUAGCAGAGGUCUUUGUUGGUAAUGCAUGUAGUAUACUUCUUUUCGGGCAAGUCUGUCACAGAGUCGCACUCCUUCCCGGAACACGGGGGCAGGUAUCAGCUGCUGGCUUGAUUGAGGAAUACUGACUGUGUGUUUCUGUGCUUGGAUAUAUUCGUUCAGGGCCAGGAAUGUGGAUAAUGCAGAGAGCCUUGUAUGGGCACUCGUAUAGGUGUUUUCGAUUGGUGGAAGCCACGGAACAACUCAAUUUCUUGCAGCCAAGGAUUGAAAGGUGCACCAUGUAAAGCAGCUACUAUGGUGAAUGUGUUUCUGGUAUACAUAUUUUUUUAAGGUGUUGUUUUGCUUUGGCACUUCAAUUUUAUGCUGUGCUAUAACUGUGCUUUUAUUAUGACCCAUACGUGCUUAAUGGGAGAGCCACUUAAAUUGACAACUAUGCUUGGCUAUGAUUGCAGUACUGCCACCAUGCAGUCUAAAAUGUAUGUUGACACAUUGACGCCUGGCAAUACCUUGUUGAAAAAUAUGUCCCAUGAUAUUUGCCACUUUAAGUCGCAUUCACUGAACAUGAGUGCAGUAAAGUCGGUGCCUUGUGGUUUCCACGUUUCGUAAACUGCUAUAAGGCUGGUGUAUCGAAUAAGUAUUAAGGUCCAGUACCUGGAAAUGUUAGUGCUAAUGCACCUAGUAGCCUUGGUAUAAACCCUUGGAUGAAAGACCCACAUCAUAGUGCAGUAAAAUAUUGGUUAUGCUUAGAUGGUUUUUAGACGUGUAUUUUAUGGUUGGUGACAAUUACAUAGGUGAUCUCUAAAGCGAUACUUGUUUUUAAUGUUGACUUAUGGUUUGAAAAGCCUUAAUGUUUCUCUGUUGUCAUUUCUGAAAUUUUUUUUACUACACUCUCUGAUGCUUCCACCUUGUAGCCCUUGGUGCUUUUCCACAUUAGCCAAUUUCAGCCCUAGUAUUACGAAGUGCUUGUUAUACACACCGUAGGUGAUGCCAAGUCUUUCCCGCGUGUAACAUGUUAAAGGGACAUUAAAGAUGAAUAUUAUUUUAAGCUUUAUUAGUAAAUUACACUUUUCAAAUAGCAAGAAGGUCAAUCUUACCAAGAGCAGAGGCUUGGAAGCCAGAAAUGCAAGAAAAGAAACAGGUGGCAAGGCCAUCUUAAAAGUUUUCGCAUCAGUUUCACUCAUGUCAUCAUGGAUUUUGACAGCUUCUGCCCGGGUGAGCUCAACUGUCUAACGAGAAAGAUUUCAUUGCGUUCUGAAGGAACCAAAGACACGACUCGGAAAGUUAUCGAGAACUGUUUAACUGUGCAAAAGCAGCCCUAAUACGAGUAAAUACAUUGAAAUUUGCGACGUCGCACUGAUUUACUAUACUCGAGGAAUGAAAUGCUAACAGAAAGGACCAAUUGAUGAGCGUAAUACUUUUGUUUCCACCGUCUCCAGUUCAUUUGACAUAGGCACGAUUUUGGCUUGUACACUAGGAUCAGAGUUUACAUCAGUUUUAGUGACCAGAUUCAUAGAGACAUGACAUGGCACUCUUGAGUAAUAGCACGUAUGAGACGUUCUACUUUAGAGUUUCCUACCAUGUUUCAUUCCAAGUAUAGUGCCUGCACGGUGGUAUGGCUGCAAAAUUAAAGAAAGGGAAGUUGGGCGUCCAUUUUCUCUACAAGUAAUCAACCUUUUCCUGCCAGAUAAAUGGAAAUAUACAUUUCAAAAAAAUAUAUUUACCCGUCUAGACUUUCUUAACAUUGCACUUUGGUGUCCCUUUAACUUGCCUUCGUAGCUUGUCAUGUGCACUUGAAUAGAUCUGCUUGUUAUGGAAAAGCUAAAUGUACAUUUCAUACAUGUUACUGGCGUUGUGUUCAGGCACUCGGAACAAAACUGGUUGUUUUGUGAUCGGUCUGCAAUUUGCUCAUAGGUGAGAACAAAGUAUGGUGAAAACAGAUGAUCAGAAGCACAGAGCUAGAUUUUAUUUUACUCCAAGAGCAAUAGUAUUUUUGUAACCAGAUAUGUUAUUAAUCUGCAUAAUUUUCUAGAAAGAUGUUAUGCACAGAUCUGAAUUAAGCUGUGAAAAAAUUUUUUUUUAAGGUUUUGUUAUCUAUGCUGAUUGACUGGUUCCUUUGCUAUCUCAAAAGCUAAUGUGCACUCUUUUCGAGAUUAGCAAACAUCCAGCGCACUCGUGGUGUGUGUGCAGACUUAUUUGUGGAGUGAGAAAUGUAUCUAUGCAGCAGCGUAUAUAUACUUACUGUAUAUCACAGAUGCAUGACUUCUCUAGUCCUAGUCACUAGUACUGUGUAGAUACAAUGUUGUUCAGUGUUUUUAUUUUUUCUUUUCUGUUACCUAUUCACAUAUCUGCAGAUUUGUUGGCUUUCUUUUUACACGAUGGUUUCCACUUGUGGAAAGUAACAUCUACUGUGUAUAAAUGGCCCCAUUUUCGGUUGUAAUCUGUUCAUUAAAUGCUAGUUUUUAUUACA